AGUUGUGCUAUCACCACAGCUGCGGAACAGAACUACUAGAGCUGGUGGCGCUACUGAUAGUACUUGAGCAGCAGCCUCCAUGAUUCUGUCCUGACCACGUUUUCAAAGAAUAAACCACGGGAAGAAAAAAAAUGUUUCCUUCGACCAAUGCUCCGAACCUGGCGGGAGGUUGUACUACUUCCAGCUCGUCUUCUUUCUCCAACCUCCCCCAUCAACCACCGAUAUUAAACACAUCGCCCGACGACAUUAUCAGCAGUCAUUUUGAAAAACAGAAGGAAUAUGAUGAAUCCCGGCGGGCAGUUGCUGGUCGACGACCUUCUGUAGGGCAAGAGGAUGAAGCUCUUGGUGUCCAAGCAGAACUGGAAAAAUCUUCAGGAGCGACGAGUAGAACUUCUUCUGGUCCGACCGGAGGGGGAGGUACUAGAACUAGCAACAGACAUAAAACCAAGUCCGACACCACUCCCUACUACCAAGACCUUCUUCUCACUUUCGCCUUCUACAAGGCGUUCCAACCGGAGCACGCGUGGAAGGCGUUUUCGAGACAGUGUUCGAAGGUGGCCGCGACGGAUAUGGGAUUCUCAAACGUUAAGUACACUCUUAACUGUUACAUGGAUUUGUCAUGCAAAACUACCUUAAGCUGCCAGAUGGUCAAGCGGCUACGCAUGACAAAUCUCCGAAGGGCUAAACAGGACGCAAAUCUGUGCCAAAUCUGUAAUACGAAAGCAGCAAGCUUGUUUCUUCGGUUGUUGCUGUUCUUACAUUACAAAUUCAUGUAACGGCUGAGAGCGACGUAACGUUUGAGAACGUCAUAACGGACUUGGUCGAUGUGCUUCGAAAGUACAAGAACAGCAACACAGAGGACUCCCCUUCUACAACCACUACUACAUUCACCUCCGAGGAUUUCUUCGCCGAUCUUUCUGAUAUCGUGGACAAGAACCAGAUUCCGUUGUUCAACGAGGUCACCGUAAAUAGCGAAGAGUUGAUAACUGGGCUACAUGAAGAAUUCUACCACACUCAGGAAAGGGAAGAUUUUUCGUUUUCCGAGGAAGAAAAUGAAGAUGACAAGAACAUCCCGACCAAGGUAAAGAACGGCGCAGGUGGACGAGCAAAUAGCAAUAUUACACGACCCACCAGUACAACUACUACAGUGAAGAUCCCCUGGAUUGAAGCCCUGUACGAGUCGGUCGAGAAGAUCCAACUGCUUCGGACGCACCUGAUUACCGUUGAGUCUGACACAAAUUGGAAUCUGGCAGUGGAGGAAGAAAAUUUGAAAAUGUUCUACCAGAUCGAAUACCAACUGCAAAUAUUCCUGGAUGUCUGGAAGGAUGCAAACUUGUGAUGCGCAUUUCACAUCGCAGGAAAACCUCUCAUGCAUGGACAGCGAUAAAGAAUGCGCAUGCCCAUUUCUUGUGACCGAAAGCGAAACAGGUGAUCUGUCAUGCGGAUUAGGCAUUAGGAAGCCAAGCCUUCUCAACAAGAUUUGUGAUGCUAGACCCGUACUCCAUACCUUCUGGGGCAUCCAAAACCUGCAUGACAAAGCUGGCAAUCUUCCAGACAUCCAGGGAUAUUUAUUGCAGUUGAUAUCGAAAAGUUAAAAGACGUGGACGAAAGCGACAAAUCCCGGUCGACGACGUACGAAGCUCCGAGGUCCAUCCUGCACACCGUCGCGGAUAUUGUGCUUAAGGUGGACAAGAAUUUAGAAGGUGUUGAGAAGGCGGACGAGAAAAAUCACACGAUUUUGGAUUUCUACCACCUGGUGUCGCUCAUGAAGGAAACGGAUCUGCAGACCAACUGGCUCCCCAUGGUGUUGGGGUACGGAACGGAAUUAUCGACGGCGGUGGAGAAGAAAGACCCGCGAAUUUCACUCAACGGGUUUUGCAACAGUUUGGUCGGGUAUUGGAGCUUGAACAUGCCGUUCCUGACCAGAAGAGACCUCCUGGCGAAGAUGGAGGUGUACCACAGUGAGCAAAUGAAUAACUCUGGCGCACCUUGUAGUUCUCCUGGUGGUGCAUCUGGUACUGGUAGUACAACGAUCCCGGGGUCGACAUUUCAGCAGAUUGUGUUGGCGGAAUCCGUGUCCGUGAACGAUUUAGCGGAUCCCAUCGAAGCCGUGGCGAAAUUUCCGAAUUUGCUGUCCGAAUUCAACAACGUGGUGCUGGAUAUCAAAUGCAAAUAUGUCUGGGUCUGGAAGAGUCCGAGUUUGUCAUGCUAAAUCUGAUCGACACAAAAAUCUGUAUUUCGGGACCAGCAAAAGUCCUCACGUUUGGUUACCAGAAGGCGGCAUUUCUCAUGCGCAUUCAGCAUUGAAGGGCCUUCUCAAAACUUGUGAUGCUAGUGCUCACAUUCCAGACCUUCUGGCUCAUGCGAAAGCUGCAUGACAAAGCUUGCAUCUUCCAGACCCAGACACUUUUGCACUUGAUACUCGAAGAGGUAGAGCAGGAAGUAGCCGGGUUGAGUGUGACGGACGUGGAGAAGAUGGAGAGGAAAAAAAAAUCGAAAUCUCCAAAAAACGGAUCGAAGAACAGCGUGACUGGUGGGUCAACCACUUCGAGGAAAAGUUCACGGAGUUCCACUAGCAGCGCGCCCGGGAAAGCGGUAUUGAAGGUGCCGAUCGGGAAAUAUUUGUUGCCGACAGCGAGAGCGUCGUCACCAUCGUCACAGCAAAGACCGCCGUUGGGCGGGCAAGUAGAAGUACAGGCAGGACGAGCUAUAUCUUCCGGAACUGUAGCGGAUUUUCCUGGUUCAUCACCCAGUAGAUCGCCGAACAAUAAACCGAAGCUGAAACCCUCUCCCACCUUCGUGGAAGACACGGGAUUUCAUUCCAUGGUGCACACCGGCCACGCCAACAUGGCAGCGUUGAUGGUGUUCGAGAGGCUGCGGGCCAAGCAGACCGCCCGGUAUAAAAGAGGAACAAGCGAAGAGCUGACGUUGUCCGGAGAAGCAUCGGGUUUGAAAUCUGUGAAAGAGAGGGCCAUAUCCUGAGUAAAAACGUCCCCACCUCAUAGUUGUCAUGCAGAUUUGCAGUCACAGGAAGAUUUGUAAUGUGCAUCCCCAUGAGAGGCAUUGUAAAAAAAAUCGUGUUUUGGACUUUGUGAUGCCGUAAACAGGAUGAGUAGAUGGCUUUGUGAUGCGGCUGCACUUGCUAAACUGCAGUACAAUACAGAGAGGAACUUGUCAUGCGUGACUCCCAAAACUUCUCGGCUUGUGUUGCGAGAUUCCCGUCUUGACUCUGGUCCUCUGAGGCCGUUUUUACUCAGGAUAUGCCAGUGUAGAGAACUACGAGAAUCUACCAGCAUCGUCGGUGGAGGAGUUCAUCGGGGAACAACAAGCGAGUACCGGCAGGGCGCGAAGUAAGCAACUUCUACCCGUUGAACAAAAUUACACGACUUCUGGCUGGGCGGGUGGAGUAGUAACUGCAGCAAAUCCACCCUCACCGGUAAUUUCUUCACCAUCAUCGAGCAACAGCGGUCGGAGGCGCGACCCGGAGCGAUUCCAGGAGGGAAGACAUCGUGGGGAAUUAGCUAGUAAAACGUCUUCUGAUCAUGUAGAAGAUGAUGUCGAUGAGAACAAACUCCUAGUAGAAGACCAAGACGUUGUAUGAGAGUGCACAACUCACCCUCUCGCUCCCCCUCAUUUGUAUUCCAUGAACCAACAGCAAUAGAAACACCAGCACACGUGGAGCCUGUGCAUGACAAACUCAUGCGCCUAGUUUAGGACUGAUUGGGCUUCCGGAAUCUGUCAUGCAAACGGUGCCACAGGGAAGCAGUUGGAUUUGGGGUUUUGCAUGACAAAUGAGGGGAAGGGGGAGUUGUGCACUGUCAUACGUUGAGGUGCUCGAUGACGAUGAAACCAGCUUUGCGGACUCCCGGUGCGGGUUCCCCCGAUUGCGGAUUGUGGGUGGGUAUCCAGGAAAAAACACCCAUCCUCCCCAUCCAUUUUUCGCACGACAAAUAGUGGAUUUUAUGCAUAUUUUGCAUGAGAAAUUGGAUGGGGAUGGGUGUUUUUUCCUGGAUAGUGGGCACGGAUUCCAAUCCUCUUGUGAAGGACUAUCAAAUGCAGAAAUGUCUGGGUCUGGAAGAAUGCAAGUUUGUCAUGCUCGUCUGGCAUCACUCGAGAAUCUGUGUUGCAUAGGGACAACAAAGCCCUCUUACCUUUCAUGCAAAAACGCAGUUUGCCAUGCGGAAUACGUAAGACAUGGCAGCCAAAAAAUUUGUCAUGCAUAGCUGCGUAUUGCAGUGCGUCUAUCAUUCACUUUUAGCAUUACAAGUUUCCAGACACAGACAUAUUUGCAAUCCAUAAGGACCGAAGUUUGACGACCGCUCCUUGUACGAGCGGUGGCUAUGACAGUGCACAACUCCCCCUCGUUCUCAUUUCUCAUGCAGAAUACCGAAUCCACGCCUUCCCCCCUGUCACUAUCAUGCAUGACAAGUUCUGGUAGCCCAAAUAGCACUAUGCUCCACUGCAAAUUUGCCAUGCAAAACCGGCAUUCUUGCUGAUGCUUGUAUUGCCGUUCAUGCUAUACAAAUGAGGGCGAGGGGGAGUUGUGCACUGUUAUACUGGCUGCAGCAAGAGCAGAAGGAGGUCACCACAGAUCCGAUUGCAGGAGUAGAGAUGGUGAACAAUUUAGACGCGAUCACAGGAGACGACCGCGACGGAGAAAGUGAAAGCGACAGCAACGAAGCUCCUCUUGAAGAAGACCCGGUCAUUCAUUUGGAGCACGGACUCGUGUUAUCUGAGUCGGAACUUCUUCUAUCGGAUAAUUUCGAACAACAGGAAAAUUUUGAAGACCUGCAAGAAUGGACGUCGUGGGCCUCUUUAUCUGCACGACAGGACAAAAAAUACGAAACCAAACCAGACGACGACAUGUAUUACGCGCACGAGAAAAUAAACGAUAUUUUUGACGCACGCGAUGCUGGUUUAUUCAUUCCAAACGAAUCCCACGCUGAACCAGUACAGCAUUAUUUCAGCGAAGGCCACCAUGGCGCCUCCCGGGACGCGAGCAGUAAGACCUCAAAAACCGGCUCCUCGCCGGACUCCGCACCCGGAGGGCAACAAAGAGCAAGGUCCCGCCCACCCCUGGCCGGGCCGGAGGCGGCGCGACUGGACGCGUUUUUGAACGCCGAUGAACAGGACCACAUUUCGAAUCUGUUGGAACAAUAUGCAUUGCAAAAGUAAAAAUAUCGUAUGAGUAGCUGUAGUAAUCGCAUCACAAAAUCGCGUCGUGCGGUUGUUUUAGCAUCACAAAAUCGCGUCACAAAUUUUUUCAGCAUGUGGCAGACCGCAUUUGCAAUGCUGAUUUGCCUCAGAAAAGAGAACUGUCAUGCAUGAUUGCAAUUACUACAACGAGUACUAUGAUAAAGUAAUUUUGCAGGGGAUAAACAAACGCGGCGGAGGUUGGUGCGGCCGGAAGGAGAUGUUACGGCCAGUGAUGUAUCACGAGAAGAAAGUGUUACAGUUACACAUUGUGUUGCAAGACCGGCAACACAGACAACCUUGCUCAUGCAGGAAAUGCUUGGGAGCCCCGUUUCCUUCCUGUUUUCCCUUAUGAUCUUUGCAUUCCAAGUUCUCUUUCUCAUGCGGAGAAAAUUUGUGUUGCUAAAAUGACAGCAAGUGUGCAACUGUAACACUUUUUUCUCGUGAUAUGAUGCCGUCGGGAGUUAUUUCUCCCCGACAAGUAGACGGAGCAACAGCAAUGUACUAGAUCGGAAUAGUAGACGAAUUACUCCCGGCGCCGCACAGCUCCAAGUACCGGAGGGCGAGCGAGGAGUCAGUCAGGUUCUUUCCUCGGGCCGCCUUGGCGGCUCGUCUUCAGAGAACGUCGUCGUGUCGCGAGAUGAAUCGUCGAGGAACGGUGAGAAGACUACUUCGGGGGACAAAUCCACAGGAAAUUUUUAUCACCAGUCGAAAAUAAAUCCGACGCCCCCACAGCAACACCUGGUGCUGAAAUACGACGAAGAAGAAUUCAACCACGUGAGGUGUGAAAUCGUGAAACAACACAGCAAACCGACCGGGGCUUUGAUUACCCCCAACUUCGAUAACGACCCGAACCUUAUCAAAUGUAAAAAUGUCUGGGUCUGGAAGGUUGGAACUUGUGAUGCUAACUUUGGACUCUAAAAAAAUGUGUAUUGCAUGACCAGCAAUAGGAGCCCAGUUUGUGCUACGCGGGGACGGCAUUUGCCAUGCGGGAUAGGCAUCAGGAGGGCCUCUAAAAAUAUGUGAUGCCAGAUCAUGCAUUACAGACAUCCUGAGUCAUGUAAAAUAUGCAUGACAAACCUCACCUGGCAACCUUCCAGACCCAGACACUUUUGCAUUUGAUAAACCUGAUUCGACUGCAACUGUCUUUAUCCAUCGACCCGAAGCUGUAUGACAGUGCACAACUCCCCCUCAUUCUCAUUUCUCAUGCGAAACCGCAAAUCCAUUUGCUGCCCUGUGGCACUGUUUGCAUGACAAAUUUCGGAAGGCCAAAGAACAGUACUACUUUCGGCCGGUGAACUUAUUAUGCACAGGCCCCUGGACUGCUGGUGUUUCUAUUGCAGUUCGUGCCAUGCAAAUGAGGGGGAGGGGGAGUUGUGCACUCUCAUAAGCUCUACACGAUCCCGGAUUUCCUGCUUGAUUUCGGACUGAUAUGGGAGUGUCAGGAUUGAAAUCGUCAAAGUUGAAAUAACUUGUAAUGCACGAAAACGAUACCAGUUGGAAGCCCAAUUUUCAAGCGGUGCAUGACAAAUUUCGGCACAGUGUAAAUCCAGUUUGUCAUGCUGUUUAGGGACAGAAGGCGUCUUCUGCCAUGCUACUUUAGCAGCUCUAUUUCAAACCCCAAACAGGCUCACAAUCGGCCUCGCUUGCCAUCCCUGCAAGACAGGCACUUCAUGCCUUACAUUCUAUGCAUGACAAAUCAUUUCAACUUUGUCGAUUUCAACCCUGACACUCCCAUAACUGAAGCAGGGCCCAACGGUGAUGGUGGAGAAGUUGCUUUCCGAGCAGACGUAUCAAGUGCAAAUAUGAGUCUGGAAGAUUGCGAGAUUUGUCAUGCUAGUCUGGCAUGACUCGGUACUCUGUAUUGCGCGGCCACCAAGAGGUCGUCUUGCCUGUCAUGCAAAAGCGCAGUUUCUCAUGCGAAAUACGCAUCACAGAAGUACGAAAAAACUAUGUCAUGCUUGGCGGCGCAUUAGAGAGCACUUAUUGUUCACGGAUUUGCAUCACAAGUUUGUUUCCAGACACAGACAUAUUUGCAAUGGAUAAAACAGCAAACGAGUUGCUGCAAUCGGUGACGUUUAAAGACCGGUAUUUAGACGCCGAUAUCCCACAGAAAAAAGCAGGCAGGUCAGAUUUGUAAUGCAAAAAUAAAUACACAGGAAAAUCUGUCAUGGGCGAGGCCAUAGCAUGCUGUUUUGGGCAUGCAAUACAGAUUUUUUUGUCUAUUUAUUUUUGCAUUACAAAUACAAAUAUGACCUGCCGGUCUUUUUCUGGGGGAUACCCGAAGAUGCGUACUACGAGCGGUUACGGAAGGAUUGUUUGAAAUACAAGGGUAUCCUGUGCAAAAGUAUCGUAUUCGUAUUGCAAUCAUGCAUUACAAAUCUUUUUGUUAAGUCCAAUCCGCAUUACAAAUUUCAUUUCUCAUGCUGAGGAAAUUUGUAAUGCAUUUAUACGAGUGCGAUACUUUUGCAGUGCAUAAAGGGGAUGCUGGGCGGGGUCGGGGAAAUGAAAAAUACAACAUCGUCGAAAAUGAAAACGAAUGCUAGAGCGUUUAAAAAACUGAGUCUAACCCCGCACCACCGGAAGGUGAUUUGCGGCAAAACCGCGAAAAUUGGGAUGCGCGUCAGGAGGGGAGUGGAUUGGUUCUGUGGCCGGAAUGUAACCACGGUGCUUGGUAGUAUCAGUUCGGAACAAUCGGGAGGACGAGAAGACCCGGUGGGAGCAGAUGUAGGGCUGGCUGCAACCCCCGCUGGAGGAGCUACAACAUCAUCCAAACGGAACAAGGCCUCGAGGAGCAGCGGCGCCAUGGCGGCAAAAAUAAACAGACCGCUUCUCCCGCCCUUCCACUUUGAUCCCAGCCCGGCUUUCCCCUCCGCUGGUCCGUUCGCCGCUUUUGUGCACGAGUUUGAAACGAGUGAUAGGAAUCCGAACAAAUCCUUUCCCGUGUAUUCUUGCGGGAACCACUUAAAAAACCACUUCGACCACACAUUGCCGGAACAGAAAGACCAGUUAUCCUGUGCAAAAGUAUCGCGCUAGUAUAAAUCGCAUGGCAAUUGUUCUUCUCAGCAUGCAAACGAAAUUUGUAAUGCGGAUCCACCUCCAGAAGGAGAUUUGUAUUGCGUCAUUACCAUUUCUACGAGCACGAUACUUUGUUUGCAGGGGAUAGCAGUACUUGUUCGACGAUACCAAAACGAUCGGCGAGCAGUUUCCGAAAGUCGAUGGCUCUGAUCUUCCAGACGCGGUAUCCAAAAAAAUUGUGUGUAUGUAUGUCUGCAAUGCAAAGCAUGCAACACAGAUACACCUGUCAUGCUGGCCAGCCAUGAAGUCCUGUUUUUAUUAUGUGAUUUGCAUUUGCAGUACUAGAUGCGCAUGAAAGGAGGUUUUCUCUGUCAUGCAGAGCAAAUUUGUCAUGCUGUCACUCCAAGACACCUACACUUACACAGUUUUUUUCUUCCAGACGCGGCGUUCGGGGAGUACUACACCGGCGUCAUUGUAUGAGAAUUCACAAGAACUCUAGUCCCUCCCCCUCGUUUGUAAUGCAGAAUACCAAGUCCACAUCCUGCCUUCUAAGCACUGUCCGCAUGACAAAUUUUCGACCGACGCCUUAAACAAUACGACGUACAAUCUAUCCUGUGUGCAGGAGCAGAUUUGUGAUGUGGGCACCACAUUUGAUCAUGUGCAGCUCUCUGUGUUGCUGGCUGCUCAUGUGAUUCCGAGGAACAAGGGCGGGAGGGUGUGAAAGUAGUUGUUGUGCACUCCGAUAGACUGUCGGCAUUGACGAGAAGAAUCUGACUUGUAGGGUGGAAUACGGCUACGACGGGUUCUUCGGCGCGGUUUACGCGGAAGUGUUUGACGGCUACCGGAUCGGGAAGGAUGGGAAAUUAUCCUGAGGAAAAACGUCCUCACCCCAUAGUCACUACAGGAAAUCUGCUACACAAAUCCCUAAGGUGUGGCUGCCGCCCAUGACAAAUUUGGGCUCGUAAUGUAGUUGUGUUUAGUUCGUGCAGCAGCAUCACAGACCCUGUUUGUGAUGCUGACUCGAGUAUGAAAAAUCUCAGAUCACCACUCGAAAACGCCUCGCAUGGAUCUCCGCAUGAGAAACAUUUUAAGCAUGCAGGUCUGCAUUACGGGCGGGGACGUAGGACGUUUUUACACAGGAUAGAAAUACGAUUUAGGAAUUUGGUUCCCGGGAGAGGAAAAGACGGACGAAGACGACCGCAGAGCGGCGGCGGCCGGGGAGAAGUAAGGAAAUAGGACGUGGUGGUGUCUGUGGAAUUGUUGUUCCACACGUAUCUAGUACUAGAUACGUGGUGAUCGCAGAUGAAAUUUUGAUUUUCUGAUGCGAUGAGCUCAAAAUCUAAACUCGAAUUUGACUCCUUUCAGCCACCGCCAAAGGCAGCUAGCACCAGAUAAAGGCUGCGUACUUUAAGAUUUGAUUUUGAAGAAGGUCCAGUUUCCAAGAAAGAUAAAAAACUAUGAGAAUGAGCACCAGCAUUUUUACUAGCUGCAGCUGCCAUCUAUCGAG